UUACAUGCUUUUCUUAAGCACUGAUCUGCUAGAUUGUCCUAAAACAGUCUGGGCGACUGUGUUUUUCUCAGCUGUUUUGUUGACGUCAUCUCAGCGCGCCGGAAAGAAAGCGCACUUGGGCAGCUCUUCAAGCUGAGCUGGCUGAUCGCUCGGCAUCUUCUGCUGGCUUGUCAAGCGUUUUGGGAUGUUUUGAUAGUAACCAGAGGGAAGACACGUAUUUACGCAUCGCAGAGCUUUUUUUCCUCUGAAUUACGUAACUGUCAAGACAACAUUUUGAAGAUCUAAACCGACGACAUGGAUUCCGCCAAUCAAGACAUCAAUCUGAACUCUCCACAUAAAGGCCUGGGCUGUGACUCUCUCUCAGACAUGCCUGAAGAGAGGGGGGCGGCUGCUGUGAGUCCAGGGACUCUCCCUCCGGGUCUGACAGAGGAGGAGGCCGAGGAACUGAGACUGGAGCUCACCAAGGUUGAGGAGGAGAUCCACACCUUGAGGCAGGUGCUGUCGGCUAAAGAGCACCAUGCAUCGGAGCUGAAGCGUAAACUGGGCCUGAGCCCCCUGACCGAGUUCAAACAGAACAUCACCAAAAGCUGGCAGGACGUCCAGACCUCAAACGCAUAUCUUUCAGCUUCUGCCACUCUGGAUGACAUUUCCAGCUCUGAAGUGUAUAAAAAGACUCAGGAAACGCUGUCUCAGGCUGGACAGAAGACCUCAGCCGCCCUCUCCACCGUUGGCACGGCCAUCAGCAGGAAACUGGGUGACAUGAGAGCUCUUCCUUUCUCUAACUCCUUUGGUAGCAACUACUCCAUUCGCCAUUCAAUAAGUAUGCCAACUAUGAGGAACUCUCCAACCUUCAAAUCAUUUGAGGACAAAGUUGGAAACAUCAAGUAUAAGGUGGUUGGAGGGAAAGCCAAUGGUGAAAGUGCCCACUCUCCGAACGAGUCAAACCAGGACAACGCUCCGUUCUGAGAGCCCACCCUCUUGAUUUAAACACUCAUCUCAUUCUUUGUGAAUCCUGACUACACCUACACUUCCGUUCUCCUAGUUCCCCCAUUCUCUCUGAAUUCUUUCAUCCCUCCUUCCUCUGUCUCCUUUGAUACCCCUUCACCUACUGCUAGCAUGUGCUUGCUCAUCUCACUGAAAACACACACGUAGUACAGAUUCUGUGACAUGAAAUCAUCACAGGUUGUACAAAAGAAGACAAAUGAUGAAUCAUUUUGUAUUAGAAACUAUUUUACACUGCUUUGCAUAAUGUUUUUACAUAACUUUUAUCUAUAUAUGACUAUAAUGGAAUACAAAUAACUAUAUUUAAACAGUACUGCCAAGCAGCAUUCAUCAGUCGGCAGAGGGGUAUAAAAUACACAAAGAAGAAACAUUUAAAUCUCAAGGGGGGUGGAUUUUAGACCAAUAAAGAAAAGAAACUUGCUGCUGGUUUCUAUGCUGCUGAGCAUUCAGUUGUUAUUUUUGACUCUCAGUACAAUGUGAAGCUGUACACCUGGUGAAUGUCUGACCCUCUCAGUCGGCCUUACACUCGCACUCUCUAUUGCUUUGUUGGUCUGUUGCUGGUGAAAACAUGUUACCCUAAAUUGUUUUUUGCUUUAUCUUUUUUUUAACCUUUGCUUUUUCUUGCUCUUGUUCAGUUAUUUUUUUUCAUUGAUGGGAAUGUUUUAUUUAUGCUGUGUUUGUCGGGAGUCACUUGCCUUUGCUUUGUGCCAUGCUGUGUGUACCAGAUGCCAUAGACUUUUUGCUGUCAGAAUGUUUCACACACAAACUAUCACCAAACUAUCACAUCACAAAGAUCACGGUUCAAUUUUAAGAAAUAAAAAAGAAGUUACUCUCAUGUGCACUAACCCAAAAUGCCAAAUGGCGAGUAGGUCCUGCUAAGUAAGUUGAAUUUCUUUUGUUAGUGGCAUUUCAUUAUUAGUAAAUGUAAUCUCUUAUUUUGCUUCAUUUUUAUCUGUUCUAUCCUACUAUUUCAUUCACUUACAUGGGUGUCAGUGGGUGGCCUUGUUUCAGUAUAUUACAAGAUGAUUACAUGCCUCAUUGUUUGAGAUGCAAGGUACUGAUGCAGAUGAUGAGAUGCCAACUUCAUGUGACUUUCUACUGGAAUCCAUGUGUAAAAUGCCAUAGAAUUAUGUGGAGACACCUGUAGUUCUGCAAACGGUGAAAAGAUGACAAAAGAUCAUGAACAUUCAGAGGGAAAGGACUUUUUUAUUAUUCUUUUGAGUAGUCUUUUUGGGGAGGUUGUUUACUUAACAGGCACCAUAUAGCUUUAAAUUAGAGAUCUCAGCCUAGCUGUUCAGAUUUAAAUGCUCAGAUUGUUUUCUUUAACAACAACAGUGGUGUUAUUCUUCAUUUAUUUUUGUCAGUUGUUUCUAUAUCAAUAAAGCAUUCGUUCAAAUGGC